AUGAAGUACAUCGUCGUUAGCGGAGGUGUCAUCUCGGGCAUCGGCAAGGGCGUCAUCGCCUCGUCGACGGGCCUUUUGCUCAAGACGCUCGGCCUGCGUGUGACCGCGAUCAAGGUGGAUCCUUACAUGAACAUUGACGCCGGCACUAUGUCGCCCACCGAGCACGGCGAGGUCUAUGUCCUCGACGACGGCGGCGAGGCCGACCUGGAUCUCGGCAACUAUGAGCGCUACCUCGACGUCACCCUCAGCCGCGAGAACAACAUCACCACGGGCAAGAUCUACCGCGAGGUUAUUGAAAAGGAGCGCCGGGGCGACUACCUCGGCAAGACGGUCCAGAUCGUCCCGCACCUCACCAACGCCAUCCAGGACUGGAUCGAGCGCGUCGCCCAGAGACCCAUCGACGACAGUGGAGAGUCGCCCGACGUGUGCAUCAUCGAGCUCGGCGGCACCGUUGGCGACAUCGAAUCCGCCCCCUUCGUCGAGGCCAUGCGCCAGUUUCAGUUCCGCGUCGGCCACGAAAACUUUGCCCUGAUCCACGUCAGCCUCGUCCCCGUCAUUGGCGGCGAGCAAAAGACGAAGCCCACCCAGGCUGCGAUCCGUGACCUGCGUGGACUCGGUCUGGUGCCCGACAUGAUCGCCGCGCGCUGCGCCACCCCGCUCGACCGCUCCGUCAUCAACAAACUGUCCAUGUUCUGCCAUGUUGGGCCCGAGCAGGUCAUGGCAGUCCACGACGUCGGCUCCACCUACCACGUACCCCUCCUCCUCGAGCAGCAGGGCAUGGUCAAGUUCUUUGAGAAGCGCCUCGGCCUCGACCUCAACGGCGGCAUCUCGCCACAGAUGCGCGAGCGCGGCCUCGACCUGCGCAACCGUUGGCGGGACCUCACCGUCGGUCACGAUCGCCUCAUCGACAAGGUCGAGAUCGUCCUGGUCGGCAAGUACACGUCGCUUCACGACUCGUACAUGUCAGUGGUCAAAUCGCUCGAGCACGCUGCGCUGCGCUGCCACCGCAAACUCGAGCUGCACUGGGUCGAGUCGGGCGACCUCGAGCCGCACACCGAGAGCGAGAAUCCGGUCAAGUACCACCAGGCUUGGCAGGCGCUGUGCUCAGCCAAGGGCAUCCUCGUCCCCGGCGGCUUCGGCACCCGCGGCACCGAGGGCAUGAUCAGCGCGGCUCGCUGGGCGCGAGAAAAGCGCGUCCCGUACCUCGGCAUCUGCCUCGGCUUCCAGAUCGCCGUCAUCGAGUUCGCACGCAACGUCUGCGGCAUCGAGACGGCCGGCUCGGCUGAGCUGGAACCCGACUGCAAGGACCCGGUCAUCGUCUACAUGCCGGAGAUCAGCAAGACUCACCUGGGCGGCACCAUGAGGCUGGGCUUGCGGCCGUCCGUUUUCGGGCAAGGCACCGAGCAGUGGAGCAAGAUACGCGCCCUGUACGGCAACCAGCCUAUCGUCUGGGAGCGCCACCGUCAGCGCUAUGAGGUCAAUCCUGCCUACGUCGAGCGCAUCGAGCGCGGCGACGCCGACUUGAGUGGCGCACCUCGCAGGGCCCAGGCGGUGCCCAGCUCGAUCCCGCCCAUGUCUCCCGAUGGCAGCACGCGCGCCGGCAGCUGGUCUCGCACUUCGUCGCAGGCCGAGGUUCUGCUGCCCGAGCCGAACGAGAUGCGCUUCGUCGGCCGCGACGAGAAGGGCGAGCGCAUGCAAAUCGCAGAGAUCCGCGACCACCCAUACUUUGUCGGCAUGCAGGCGCAUCCCGAGUUUGCAUCGCGGCCGCUCAACCCAUCGCCGCCCUUCCUCGGAUUCGUCGCCGCCUCGGCCGGCCUGCUCGACGAGCAGAUCGCCGUGCAGCGCAACUACCUGCCACCGCAUCCAAAGAGCAUGAUGGUCUCCGAGGCCGAGCUGCUGCGGCGGCGCGACGCAGGUGAGAGCAGCCGCAAGCCUGCUUCGACGCCGCCCGGCGCCUCGACGCCGACGCGCAGCCGGAGCCUGAGCAACAGGCCAAAGGCGGACCUCGCCGCCGCUGCUCGGUUGGCUGCCGCGCAGCAGGCCGAUGGCGCUCCCGCCGCCGUCGCGGAGCCGACACCUGAACAGUAG